UGAGGGGUUGCUUGUUUUGUUUGCCUAUUGGGUUUUAUGACUAUUAUAUCCGUUUCAAUAUUGAAUAGAAGUGGAAAAGUUUUAUUGUCCCGGCAGUUUGUUGAAAUAAGUCGGAUCCGAGUAGAAAGCUUGUUGUCGGCGUUUCCAAGGCUUAUAGGCAGUAGUAAACAACACACUUAUGUUGAAACCGAAAGCGUGCGAUAUCUGUAUCAACCCUUGGAGUCCUUGUAUGUGGUCAUAAUAACUACCAAAGGGAGCAACGUGGUGGAAGAUCUCGAAACGCUUCGUUUGAUUUGCAAACUUAUUCCGGAGUAUCUGCCCAUCUAUGCAAGUCUUGAUGAGGAAAGUAUUGUUGAAGCCGCCUUCGAAUUGAUAGCUGCCUUUGAUGAAGUUGUUGACUGGGGUGGUUUGCGUGAAAGCGUCGAUGUUCAACAAGUGCAUGCUUUGACGGAAAUGUUCAGUCACGAAGAGAAAUUAGCCAACAUGAUCAAAGAGUCAAAGAUGUUGGAAGCCAAAGAAGUUGCCAAGAGACGAGCAGAAAGUCUCAGUCGAGAAAAGUCGGAAAGAGAAAAGCUGCACAAAUUGGGUUCGGAUUUUGGACGUCUCCAAGGCCGUUCGUUUGGAGGAAUAUCCGCAGAAACCUAUCAAGCCUCGAUGGCUAUGCCAGAGACGGGAUUCACUUUUACUGGUAUGUCUAACUAUGGAAAUUUGGAUAGUAAAAGUUUGCAGUCUUCGGCUGCUGUUGAAAGCAGUAAGGUCGUGUCUGCCGGUAUUGGUGGGAAAGGCUUAAGUUUGGGUGGCAAUCGAAAGCAAGAUGCUGUUUUGGAAGCAUUACAGAAAGAAGGCGAACUAGUGAAAAGUUCCAACUCCCAAACAGGAAUUUUUUCUGAAGAAAGAAAGAAUCGCAAUCUUAAUAUCAACAUGAAAAGUCCAGUCUUACAAGAAGCUGUGCAUUUUGUUGCUCAGGAAGAUAUUGUUUUGGAAAUGAAUAGAGAUGGCGUGAUUCACAGCUUUGAAAUCAAGGGCAACCUGAUAUUGCAAGUAUCAGAUUCGGCAAAAGCUUCUAUUCGUAUUCAUACAAAGCUUGGAGAUAUGGAAGCAUUUCAAGUUCGUACUCAUCCGAAUAUUGAUAAGAAUCUUUGGACGUCUUCACAAGUCUUAGGUCUUAGAGACGCAUCACGUGGUUUUCCUGUAGGAAGUCCACUGAGUAUUUUAAGAUGGCGUUUAACAAGUUCUGAAGAGAAAAUGAUUCCGCUUUCUAUUAAUUGUUGGCCUGCAGAAUCGUCAACAGAGACCGUCGUUAUUAUAGAAUAUGAACUUGUUGCUAUUCGGGAAUUGGAAAACGUGGCUAUUCAUAUUCCAGUGCCUAAGAGUGCAAGUACACCAAAGCUACGAGGUGUGGAUGGAGAAUUUACUUUCAACUCUCGUUCAGGAAUGGUGGAAUGGAAUGUGUCGAUUAUAGAUAAGGAUAAGCCUCAAGGAUCUCUGGAGUUUGUUACAGAACCUGCUGCAGCUACCAGCUUCUUUCCUGUUCAAGUAUCUUUUAUAAGUAAUGAAAUAUAUGGUGACAUUGGAAUAGAGUCAGUAAGAGGUUCUUCUGAUGAAUCGGAAUAUAAGUUUUCUUUUGAAAAAUUAUUGACUACGGAACGCUAUUCCAUUGUACAUGAUUGAAGAGAUUCCUUUUGGGAAUCUAUGACACUCCAA